AUGGAACCAAACGACUCGGCGGCGGCCGAGUCGCCCAACGAGACCGUCAUACUCCUCCGGCUGCCACCGGAGCUGCUGGAGAACAUCUCCGCGCUCCUACCCAACAGCGACAUCAAGAGCCUCCGCCAAGCAUGCUCUGGGCUCUGCAAGCUCGUGCAUUUACGUCUCACCCGCGUCUUCCUCUCGCCCGACCCGCGCAACAUCAAAGUGUUCCGUGCCAUUGCCGAGCACGACGACCAUCGGCACGCGAUCCGCGAAAUCAUCUACGACGAUGCCCGUCUCAAGACCAGCUGGCUGACCACACACCUCAGGACGGAUGAGCAGCAGCAGUCCCCCGGCACCGCCACGGAGGAGGACGAGGAGGAGCUGACGCCGUGGGAGCGGUACCGUCUGCGCACCGAGCCGCCGGUGCGUCGGCCGCCGCGGGAGCGCGACGGCCCCAACACGCCCGAAGAGAAGCGCUUGCGCGCCGAGCGCGGCGCCCAGCACUGGUUCCGGACGACGUCGCUGCGCAACCACGACGAGCUCGCGCGGCGGCGCGGCCGCGAUGACCCCCGCCUGCCGCAGCACGCGGCGCGCGACGCCCUGCUCGCGCAGCAGCCGCGGUGGGAGCGGUGCUGGCCGCUGUACGCCUCGCUCGCGCGCCGCCAGCUGCGGGCCGUCGAGUCGGGCGCCGACGAGGCGGCGCUGGCGUACGGCCUCGCGCGGUUCCCGAACCUGGCCCGCGUCACCGUCACGCCGGCGGCGCACGGCUUCCUGCACGCGCCGCUGUACCAGACGCCCGUGAUCCGCGCCCUGCCGGCGGGCUUCAACUACGCGGUGCCGCGCGGGUGGCCCUGCGUCGCGCUCGCCAGCCUCGCCGACACGUCCGCCUGGGUGCCCGACGCGGACACGACGCCCGCGCAGGUCGCGGCGGUGCGGAGCUGCUGGCGCGGCCUGCGCCUCGUCCUGCGGCAGCUGGCCGAGGAGAUUGAGGUGCAGCGGCAGCAGCUCGUCGUGCCGGAGCUCGUCAUGGACGUGCACGGCCUCAACGCCGGCCUGAACCCGCACAUGUUUGCGCAGGCGACGACGCCAGACUACGCCCACCUGCAGACCAUUCUCGCCCAGCCGGGCUUCCGCCGCCUGGACCUGCCUCUCAUGCUGGGCGGCCUGGUCGUCGAGAGGUGGGCGUGCCUGGCGAAUGGCUUCUUUCGCGGCCUGCUGGCCAAGGCGCGGGACCUCGAGCACUUCCGCCUCGCCGGCGACGCGGAGGAGAGCCGGUCGGUGACGGUGCCGGUGGGGAGCACCAAGCACUGCCCGCUGGCGCGCGUCCUGCCGGUGAGCCGCUGGAAGAGGCUGCGCCACUUUGGCCUCUACCGCAUCCCGGUCCAGGUGGACGAUCUGCUCGCCGUGCUGGCGUCGCUGCCGGAGAGCCUGCGCUCGGUCGAGCUGAGCUUUCUCCUGUUCGCGGACAAGGACGCGACGGGCUACCGGGGGCUCUUGGAGGAUAUGAGGACGAGGCUGCGGUGGCACGAGAGGCAGAGUGUGUACAGGCCAAAGGUGCUCAUUGGGCUGCCGGUAACGGGUGCCAAGCAACCGGGGCGCGGCAUAUGGCUUGGGAAAGAAAUCUCGGCGUUCUUGUACGGCGAUGGGCCCAAUCCAUUUGCUACAAGCGCCUCGGUAGCGACAUAUGGUAUGGGCGUCAUGAAGGAUGAGUUUGAGCCCGAGUACGAGCGGCCACACGUUGAUCACGCAGAGAUGAUCAGGUUGGGUUACCAUGCCCCUCAGGCGGGAGAUGACCAAGAUCAACCAGCUGCUUGA